GAAUUGAGUACGAUGUCUAUGAAGGAAUUGAGUGCGCUGUUCCUUUAAGCUGCCAGGCAAUAAACUAGAAUGACUACCUUCGGCCUUGACUGGGUGCCCAGGGGUUAAUGCGGGCAACCGCUGGCUCUGGAAAAUUUCUGCAGUAAUUUUGGUAGCAUUAAACAAAAUCUGUGCUGCCACAGGUACUUGCCGAUAUUCUGCAGAGUCGGGCACAGCCGCCGGAAUCGUUGCUAUGGCUGCGCCCGGGGAACUUGUAUGGUCCGGUGGGUAAAUACUUCCCCUGUGCAAAACAGGGCAGAUGUUUAGUUCCGGCUCGCACACUGAAGAGGCGUCAUAGCUGGGGACUGACUGGGCAGAGCUGCGUGGGAAACAACGGACCUGGUUUGACCCCUUCAGGAUGCCUUUGCAAUAAGACCAACACUACACAAAAAUUAGCGCUGUAGCCUAGAUCCUGGAGUCCGUCUAAUAAGGAAAUGUUCUGGUUUAUUGUAUUCCUGCUGAUACCAGCUGAAUUUAUCACUUCAAAAUUUGCUUCUACGGCUGAAGUAUGCACUAAGAUUAAGGCAAGCACCUGCCAGGAAUGUAUUCAGUCUGGUCCACAUUGCUCCUGGUGUAAGAAAGUGAACUUCACCAAAGCAGGGGAGUCUGACUCAGUACGAUGUGACACCACUAACAAUCUUGUUAGUCUAGGCUGUGAUAUAAAUGAUAUAAUCGAUCCCAUCAGUGAAAUUUUGUUUGAAGACCCUCAACCACUAGAUGAGAAAGUACAGUUGACUCCUAAACAAAUUGAGUUGCAGUUGCGACCAGGUGAGACAGGAGAGUUUGAAGUGAAAUUUAGAAGAGCGGAAGGGUAUCCUGUCGAUCUCUACUAUCUUAUGGACCUUUCCUAUUCAAUGAAUGAUGAUCUCCAGAAUGUAAAGAAGCUAGGAAACCAGUUACUUAUUGCUUUGAAUGGAAUUACCAAAUCUGCUCACAUAGGUUUUGGCUCCUUUGUGGAUAAGACUGUGCUUCCAUUCGUAAGCACACAUCCUGAGCAACUAAGGCAUCCUUGCACAAAUAAAACUGUACCUUGUCAGCCACCAUUUUCCUUCAAACAUAUCCUCAAACUUACGGAUGAUGGAGACAAGUUUAUACAGCAAGUUGGGAUGCAGCAGAUAUCUGGAAAUUUGGAUUCCCCAGAAGGUGGACUUGAUGCCAUGAUGCAAGUGGCAGUUUGUGGGGACAAGAUUGGAUGGAGGAAUGUCACACGGCUUUUGGUAUAUGCUACAGAUGAUGGUUUCCAUAUUGCUGGAGAUGGCAAACUUGCAGCUAUUCUGACACCAAAUAAUGGAGCAUGUCACUUGGAAGACAACAUGUACAAGAAAUCUAAUGAGUUUGAUUACCCGUCAGUUGGACAGCUGGCACAGAAGCUUUCAGAAAAUAACAUCCAAGUUGUGUUUGCAGUCACAUCCAAUAUGAUUAAAACAUACCAGGGUCUCAGUAAUUUGAUUCCAAAAUCUGUAGUUGGGGGAUUGUCUAGCGAUUCCAGCAAUGUAGUUCAGCUGAUCACAGAGGCCUAUCAGAACCUGUCAUCUGAGGUCAUUUUGGACCAUGGAAUUACUCCAGACUUCCUCGAUAUUAUAUAUGAUUCAUAUUGCUCCAAUGGUGUCAAUUUUACAAAUACUGUAAGAGGAGUUUGCAGCAAUGUGAAGAUCAAUGAACAGAUAACAUUUAAAGUCAAAGUGACUGCAAAAAAGUGCCUUCCAGAUAAUAGUUUUUCAAUACGUGCUCUGGGAUUUACAGACACUGUGAAAGUGAGCGUGAUAACAGCAUGUGACUGUAAAUGUGAGGAUGCUUUUGAUUCUAAGGCAUGUAACUCCAAUGGAAAGACUGUUUGCGGAAUCUGCAGCUGUAAUAAGGGCUACCUUGGGAAAAACUGUGAAUGUGUAGCAGGAAGUAAAACAAGCCAAGAACUGGACCAGAACUGUAAAAAAGAAAACGGCUCAGCUGUGUGCUCUGGAGCCGGGGAGUGCAUAUGUGGACAGUGUAUCUGCAACACAAAUGAUGACCCUGCCAAAAAAAUAUUCGGCCAAUACUGUGAGUGUGACAACUGGAACUGCGAAAUGUUCGAGGGAAAGGUGUGCGCAGGUGUAGGAACUUGUGACUGUGGCACCUGCAUUUGUUCUCCUGGCUUCGAUGGGUCUGCAUGCCAAUGCAAAAGAUCUACAGAUAGAUGUAAAACACAAGGAAGCAUAUGCAGUGGCCGAGGGGAAUGUGAGUGCAAUAAAUGUAACUGCAAAGGAGGUUAUAUAGCCCCAUUUUGCAAGACUUGUCCUGGAUGCCCUUCCGCCUGCCCACGCUUUGGGCCCUGUGUUGAAUGUCAUAUAAAGCAAGAAGGACAAAACUCGGGAAAUUGUACAAAAAUUUGUCCUGGAGCCAGAGUUAUGAAAGUGGAAGAAGUGACAGAAGAACCAUUCUGCAGGGAGAAAGAUUCUGACAACUGUUGGAUGCAGUAUUACUUAUAUGAGGAGGAUGGUGUAGACAACUUCUCCAUAAGAUAUACCCUAAAAAGAGAAUGCCCUGAAGCACCCAACAUGUAUGCAAUUGUGGGAGGUACCAUUGCAGGUGUCCUUUUACUUGGAUUGAUUUGUCUUGGCAUCUGGAAAAUUGUCACAGAAAUAACAGACAGAAAAGAAUACCAGCGCUUCCAGAAAGAAAUGCAGCAUGUCAAGUGGGGCAAGGGUGAAAAUCCCAUAUUUACCACUGCUACCACCACUGUGCAGAAUCCAAACUUUGAUGAAGAUGGAGAAUGAUUGUGUAUCUAACAUCAAGAACAAGAGAAUGAUUUAUUGCCUUUCUGCUACAAAUAUGUAUAUAGGCUUUUGAUAAAGUUUUUGUCACCUAAGAUGAAUGUAUCAGCUAGAUUUUUUACCGAUUAGAGACAAAUACUGAAACAUUCUCUUUUUCUAAUCUCUUUCUAUUUCCUGAUUUAUAAAUUUUUUAUUUCAUUUCUAGCACAUUAUUAAGAGGGGGGGGGAGUAUUAUUUUUUUUGCCUGAGCUGUUUUUAAUAGCAUAUAGAAAUAUGCUGUACAGCAAACUUCAUAGGCACAUUAGUCUGGAGCUGGUCCUUUUAACUUGGAAGUAUGGGAGAAUUUUCUAGGCAUGCUCUGUGACCUGUGCAUAUUUAAUUUUGUAGGGAGGUUGGGAUUAAAUGGGCCCUGUCAGAUCCAAAAACAUUUUAUAUGUUGUUACUGAUGGAAAUUAAAGACCUUUUGUAAUAUGGUUGUUUGAAACAUUUUGAAUAUUUAAUAAAGAAAGUGCCUCCUGAAAAUCCCACCCAGCAGCCCCGCUUGUCCAUAAGUCAUGGACAAGAGAUGAUUCAUGGACAAGGCUGCAUGAGCAGACACACCAAUCACUUCUCUCCACCAGAAGGAGGGACACACCCCCUUCCCCUGGGAGGAUUUCUAACACUGUGAGCUAUUGACAAGAGGUAUUUUUAUAAGUAUAGGUAAUAGAGGCAUAAAGAUUUAAUGUACAGCCAUGGGCAUAAAUGUUGGCCCCCCUGACAUUUUUCAAGAAAAUGAAGUAUUUCUCACAGAAACACAUGUUUUGCUAUACACAUGUUUAUUCCCUUUGUGUGUAUUUGAACUAAUUCACUGUAUAUUUGGAUGAAAAGAUACAAAGGACAUGUUUUUGCAAAUAAAUUAUUCGCAGUAGCAAAACAAGCAAUAAAACUUAACAUUUAAUAGUUUUUUUUAAAAGAAGGUUAAUAAUUAAUAACAAUAAUUCUAGCUGUGACCACAAUUUACCAAUAAACCAUCAAUAGUCAAAGCAAUGCACCCGGACAAACACUUAUCUACCUCUCAGAAAGAAAGAAAGAGGCAUAAUUAAUAAAGUAUUCAAAUCACAACGCGUUUCACCCAUAAUAUUCUUUAUGGGAUCCUCAGGGGACACAAAUCUGGAAUAAUACACAAAUAGUUAAAGCUUUUAUACCGCAAUCAGAUUAUAUAUGUUAAAUACAGACAAUAUAUAGAUAUGGUAUAAAUAUAGUCAUGCAGUGAUCAUAGCGAUAUAACUGAUGCCCCACUAUAAUGAGUCAGGUCCACCUCAGUGAACGACACUGCAUGCUAACACAAAGAUAAUCACCAAAUCAUAAUAAAGAUCUGCUGACCAGACAAGAAAUAGCAUAAUCAAAACAUAUGGUCACAAAAUAGUAAAAAAAUCACCACAGCCCAGGAUUAGGCCACUCACUGCGCCCCGCACGGAUGAUGGAGUAGGAGUUUUAUUGCUUGUUUUGCUACUGUGAAUAAUGUAUUGGAACUAGAUAAAAAAAAAGGGAGGAAAAAAAGCUAAUUGGACAUAAAGUCACACCAAACUCCAAAAAUGGGCUGGACAAAAUUAUUGGCAUCCUUAACUUAAUAUUUGGUUGCACACCCUUUGGAAAAAAUAACUGAAAUCAGUUGCUUUCUAUAACCAUCAAUAAGCUUCUUACACCUCUCAGCCAGAAUGUUGGACCACUCUUCCUUUGCAAACUGCUGCAGGUCUCUCUUAUUGGAAGGCGCCUUUUCCCAACGGCAAUUUUAAGAUCUCUCCACAGGUGUUCAAUGGGAUUUAGAUCUGGACUCAUUGCUGGCCACUUCAGAACUCUCCAGCGCUUUGUUGCCAUCUAUUUCUGGGUGCUUUUUGACAUAUGUUUGGGGUCAUUGUCCUGCUGGAAGACCCAAGAUCUCGGAUGCAAACCCAGCUUUCUGACACUGGGCUGUACAGUGCGACCCAAAAUCCAUUGGUAAUCCUCAGAUUUCAUGAUGCCUUGCACACAUUCAAGGCACCCAGUGCCAGAGACAGCAAAACAACCCCAAAACAUCAUUGAACCUCCACCAUAUUUCACUGUAGGUACUGUAUUCUUUUCUUUAGGCCUCAAUCCAUUUUCGGUAAACAGUAGAAUGAUGUGCUUUACCAAAAAGCUCUAUCUUGGUCUCAUCUGUCCACAAGACAUUUUCCCAGAAGGAUUUUGGCUUACUCAAGUUCAUUUUGGCAUAAUGUAGUCUUGCUUUUGUAUGUCUCUGUGUCACCAGUGAGGUCCUCCUGGGUCUCCUGCCAUAGCGUUUCAUUUCAUUUAAAUGUCGACGGAUAGUUUGCGCUGACACUGAUGCUCCCUGAGCCUGCAGGACAGCUUGAAUAUCUUUGGAAAUUGUUUGGGGCUGCUUAUCCACCAUCCAGACUAUCCUGCGUUGACACCUUUCACCAAUUUUUCUCUUCUGUCCACGCCCAGGGAGAUUAGCUAUAGUGCCAUAAGUUGCAAACUUCUUGAUAAUGUUGCGCACUGUGGACAAAGGCAAAUCUAGAUCUCUGGAGAUGCACUUGUAACCUUGAGAUUGUUGAUAUUUUUCCACAAUUUUGGUUCUCAAGUAUUCUCUCCUCUUUCUGUUGUCCAUGCUUAGUGUAGCACACACAGACACACAAUGCAAAGACUAAGUGAACUUCUCUCCUUUUUAUCUGCUUUUAGGUGUGAUUUUUUUUAUUGCCAACACCUGUUGUUUCAGGUGAGUUUAAAGGAGCAUCACAUGCUUGAAACUAUCUUAUUUUUCCACAAUUUUGAAAGGGUGCCAAUAAUUUUGUCCAGCGCAUUUUUGGAGUUUGGUGUGACAUUAUGUCCAAUUUGCUUUUUUUCCUCCCUCUUUUGGUUUAGUUCCAAUACACACAAAGGGAAUAAACGUGUAUAGCAAAACAUGUGUUACUGCAAUCCUUUUCUGUUAGAAAUACUUCAUUUUCUUGAAAAAUUUCAGGGGUGCCAACAUUUACGGCCAUGACUGUAUAUGGUCAGACUUGGUACUGGGUAACAUUUUAUAUUUUUUUGUGAUAUCUGACAGGUAUGCUAUGAGCUAUGGCCAAUAUCUCUGGUGAAUUACAUUUUAUCUAACUACUGGUGUCACCUUUCACUGUAAUGUAAUGAUAAGGAGGACACACCUGUGAAGUGAUAUUUUUUUACAGAACUAUUUAUAAACAUUUUUUUUUUAUUCUGAAAUGCAAAGAAAAGUAUAUAAGUAUAAAUAAAGUAAAAUAUAAUUAUGCAUAUAAGUGAAAAUAAAGAGUAAGGUUGAGUCGA